AUGCAAGGCAACGAAGACGUAAUUAAUGCUCUCAACGACGCGCUCACCAUCGAACUCACGGCCAUCAAUCAGUACUUCUGCCAAGCCAAGAUGUGCAUGAACUGGGGCUUCCACAAGCUGGGGGCCAAGCACUACGAAGAGUCGAUGGGCGAGAUGAAGCAUGCCGAGAUGCUGAUCGAGCGAAUCCUGUUCCUCGAAGGUGUCCCCGAGAUCGCCCGCUACGACACCAUCCGUGUCGGCACCGACGUGAAAGAUCAAUUCGAGAAAGACCUCGAACUGGAAAUGGGUGGGGUGAACGCCUACAACGCUGCCAUCGCGCUGGCCAUCGACGUGAAAGACGCCGGGAGCCGCGAACUGAUGGAGAAGAUCCUCGUCGAAUCCGAGGAACACGUCGACUGGCUCGAAGAGCAGCUCGACCUCAUCAAGAACGUCGGCAUCCAAAACUAUCUGCAGACGCAGAUGGGCGAAGGUCCCGACCACGGUUAA